AUGCAAAAACUGACGGAGCGCAUAGAUGAUCUGAAGCAGAGAAUCGCUGCUUGGGGAAAGCGGAUUCGGCGUUGUACAGAGAGGUCGACACGGUUUAACCAGAAUCGUCUCUUCCAAAGUAAUCAGAAGAAGCUCUAUGAAUCACUGGAGCGACCAAUGGUAAGUGGAAUAGGCUCAGCGCCGAAUCAGGACGACACUGUCCCAUUCUGUCACGGCCUGUGGUCAGAGCCCGUAAACCAUAGCGAGGGCCCUUGGACGGAAGUUGUGGCGAGUCAGUGUGCGGGUAUUACGCCCAUGGACCCCGUCAUCAUAACGUCUGUCGACGUAGCUGGGGCGGUCCAUAGGAUCCCAAACUGGAAAAGUCCGGGGGUUGACGGGCUGCACCUGCAUCACCACUGGUUGAAGGAGUUCGUGGUGUGUCACGAUGUGCUCGCCCGACAGUUUCAAGAGGCUCUCAACCAGAAGUCGCUUCCGAGCCUCUUCACUUCUGGGAACACUCAUUUGGUUCCUAAGGACCAGGGUACCACAGACCCGAGCAAAUACUGCCCCGUCAUGUGUCUACCUACAUAUGCAAGACAUUAA